GCUCGUGAAAUAUCAAUCGGAGCAUUCACUUCACGGUUACACACCGUCGUCGAGGCGUAUCUCUUUCUCCGUCGUCAAAACCUAAUCACCAUUUGAGUGUUCUCUCGCCAUUGAAGGACACCAAGAAGAAAGAUGAGUGUGGCGAGUGAUUCACCAGUGCAUUCUUCCAGUAGCGAUGAUCUUGCUGCCUUCCUUGAAACCGAGUUGGACUCUAACUCAGAUUCUUCCUCCGAGUCAUUUCCCAUCGAAGAUGCAGCCGAGGAUGAUGCUGAAGUUUCCAAUCAUAGGUUAAAGAGACGAAAACUGGAGCAUCUAGAAACCGUGGAUGAAGAUGAGAUUGAGGAAGUAGCUUCUGUGAAGUUUUCACAAGAAAUCUCAGAAGCAUCCUCAAGCAAGUUACCAUGCCAACACCCAGGCACCUUUGGAAACAUGUGCAUUGUUUGUGGCCAAAGAGUGGAAGAAGAAGAAACUGGUAUUUCAUUCACUUACAUACACAAGGGUAUAAAGUUCCAUGAAGAUGAAGUAACCCGGAUGCGUGAUAUAGAUAUGAAAAUGUUGCAAAGCCAGCGGAAGCUAUGUUUAGUUCUUGAUCUAGACCACACUUUGCUUAACUCAACCGUACUUAGGGACCUGAGACCAGAGGAGGAAUACUUGAAAAGCCUUACACAUUCUCUUGAAGAUGUUUCUGGUGGUGAUCUCUUCAUGCUGGAGUUCAUGCAUAUGAUGACCAAAUUAAGACCGUUUGUUCACUCGUUUCUAAAGGAAGCCAGCAAGAUGUUUGUAUUGUAUAUAUACACAAUGGGAGAUAGGCCAUAUGCACGACAGAUGGCGAAGCUGCUGGACCCAAAGGGAGAGUACUUUGGCGAACGGAUCAUUUCUCGAGAUGAUGGCACGGUGAGACAUCAGAAAAGCUUAGAUGUGGUGCUAGGACAAGAAAAAGCUGUUCUGAUUCUUGACGAUACAGAGAAUGCAUGGCCAAGUCAUAAAGACAAUCUGAUCGUGAUAGAGAGGUAUCAUUUUUUUGCGUCAAGCUGCAAACAGUUUGACCACAGAUUCCAGUCUCUCUCGCAGCUGAAGAGCGAUGAGAGUGAACCAGAUGGGGCACUUGCCACAGUUCUUAAAGUCCUUAAGCAAACGCAUAGUCUGUUCUUUGAGGAUGGAGGAGAAGACUUAUCCGGCAGAGACGUGAGGUCAUUACUGAAGCAAGUGCGUAAAGAGAUCCUUAAAGGGUGUAAAGUGGUGUUCAGUCGAGUGUUCCCGACCAAGUCCCAGGCUGAGGAUCACCCGCUGUGGAGGGUGGCUGAGGGAUUGGGAGCCACGUGUGCAACGGAAGUGGAUGAAUCUGUAACACACGUGGUGGCAAUGGAUGUGGGAACAGAGAAGGUUCGUUGGGCGAUAAGAGAGAAGAAGUUUGUGGUGCAUAGAGGAUGGAUAGACGCAGCUAAUUACCUGUGGAAGAAGCAGCCAGAGGAGAACUUCGGGUUGGAACAGCUCAAGAAGCAAGGAGCGGAAGAAAAGAGCGAUGAUGUACCACUUGAAAAGUAAGUAGACUGAGGAAGAAACAGAUAACUUAUGUAAUUGGAUUUUGAUUAUGAAAGUACGUCGAAACAAAGCAAGUUUUUAACAAGAGGCUAGUUUGGAGUCCAACCAAUGUCUGUAUUAGAGCUGGUAUUCGGCUCAAACCGAAGUAAACCGAACUGAUCAAACUGAGAAUUUUUGUUUUUGGUUUGACA